AUGGACCGACAGCGACGGAGCCAAGGCAUUACUGUCGAGGAGAACCUGGGCCAGAGGAUCCUGCCCCUCGUCCUGUCGCAGCGCGGCGACGGCCCGAAGGCCUCGGAUUGGGACAGCGUGACUGCUUUCCCUGGCACCCUGGCCCCGAUGCCGAACGUGGCGCUGUUAGACGCUUGUACUGGGACAAUCCUCGAGCACUCCGCCCCGACAGAGGGCGCACGGCUGGGGGCCGCGUUCCUCAUGCGCAUGUUGCAGCUCCACUUCGCCAAGGCGGCGAUUGGCGCCACCAAGAAGGCGAUGAAGCUGGUUCUCGCAGAUCCCUCCCGGCACGGCGGCCACAUGCCGGCGGACGUGCCGACGGACACGAUGGCGACGGCUGGCACUGUCGAGCUGCGCCAGCACGUCGCAGACACCAAGGCCGAGUUCCUGGACGCUUUCGCCGAGCUCGAGAACUCCAUGGGCAUGCUCUCUAGGUCCAUCAAAGGCGGCCGGGAGUCCAUGAACAAAGCUCGAGAGCAGGAGACAGGGAUGGCUGGCGGCGCCCGCUCCCCAGCGCAGGGGAAGUGGACUUGCGGGCAGUGCGGAUGCAGGAAGAACAAGUCGAUCUUGUGGCAUUGCAAGCAGCGCAAGGCGCUGCGCAAGGCCCUUCAGCAACCCGUCGGUGACUGGGGAGCGGCGCAGCGACCGAAGGUGCAGCAGCAACCCACGCUGCCCCUGCGCAGCGGGUCCCAGUUUGAACACGCUGCAGGCGGUGGAGCUGGCGCGGCGACCUCGGAACUGCGCGAGCUGGAGAACCUGGUUCGGACUCCCCAGAAGCUUGGCGACACCGAGGGAGCCUGCCACGAUCUCAAGUGCUGGCAGGGCAAUGUCAACAAGGCCUGCGCGACCUUCGAGCAUCUGCAGAAGGAGCUGGAGGUCCAGAAGCAAAAGUGCGAGUGGUCCACGGAUGAGCGGGACGAGGCAGACCGUCGCGCGCAGCAUCUGCAAGCAGCUCCCAAGGAGGCUCUCAUCGCUUCGUUCGGGGAGGUCCAGAAGAAGGCCGACGCUUUCAAGCUGGAGCACCAUGAGCAGCUCAAGCGGACUAGCGAGUGCAUCUUGCUGACCUGCCGGCGCGGCUGGACGCAGCCGCGGCUGCUGCCCAGGUCAUCCAAGCUCACGGACAUGGAACAGGGGUCCAUCCGCAGUUUGGCGUGCGAAGCGCUGUGGACUCACGAGCGGGCUGGGCAGGCAGGUCGGCCGUCAUUUCAGACGACGGGCGUAGGCGUCCCGAGCGAGGGCGCGGGAGGCACCGGGAAUUGGGAUUUCCGCGCCUUCCAGGCAGGGCGCGGCCGCUCACAAACGCGCCAGAGCCUGCCGGGCGAGCGCGCGCCCUGGGAUGCGCGCGGAGCCAGGAUGCGGGAGCCCAACCACCUGCCGGUGGCGAGCCCACUGUGUUGUUACCGCUUCUUCUGCUUUCUCAAGGACCUGAUGCAUCUUCUCGAGCGCAAAGGCGUGGCGCCCGCAGUCUUUGGGCCAGUGCCGGCGCGGUCGCUGUCCGACGCGCGCGUCGGGGCGAACCGGGGGGGGCGCCUGGCGACCAUCAAUAAUUGCGGGUGGCAGUUCUACGGCGGCAACCCACGCGCCCCACCGUCUCCCGAAAAUAUUGCUCAGUGGCUGCGCCAGGGCAUCCUCGUGAAGCAGGUCACGGGCGUGCUCCCGGGCGUGCUCCUGCGCUUUGAACUGGAUCUCUCGGCGCUGCUGGCGUUCCUGGCCGCGCUCCAGGGCUGCGCUGGCGAGCGCGCCCAGUGGGCGUGGCCGUGGCAUGGCGAGGACGAGGGGCGGCCGCUGGCACCGCUCAACGCCACGGCCCUGCCGGCGCAGCGCGAGGCGGGGGCCCGCGGGGAUCGGUGGCGGGCGCUGCUGGAGAGGGCGGCCCCGCCCCCGCGCGGGCCCGAGGCAGAGGCCGCCCGCCGGCUGGUGCGGCAGGUCUCCAGGGGCGUGGACGUGAUGCACGAGCUGGACAGCCCCGUCGCGAGGGCGGCCGCCGAGGCGCCCAGGGACUGCCUGGGCACUGGCGGCGGGAACUUCACGCUGGGCUACCUGCCCGAGGAUCUGGAUUACUACGCGCCGUUCUCGUGCGAGCUCGGCCUCGAGGAGGGCGGCGCGGUGGGCCUCGACGUCGACGGCCCCGCGGACACGACGAUGCAGGGGCUCGAGCUGGCGCUCGCCAGGUCCGCCGACUGGGAGAUCCAGGCGGGCCGUGCCGUGGCCGAGCACGAGCUGAUAAGGGAGGAGGUGAGGCGGCUGGAGGACGCGUGGCUCUCCGAGGCCGCGGUCGGCCGCCCGAACAAGGAGCGGCUGUACACGGGCGCAGCCCUCGAGGACUUCAAGCGGCGGCUGGAGCGCGUCAAGGGGCCGCAGUAUGCGCGCGGGUGGGGGCACCACGUCAUCGUGGACCUCGAGGAGGAAGGCAAGGCAUACGCCGACGUUGUGAAAGCCAAUUCUAGGGUGGUCAUGGAGGCAUGGCAGGACUGGCUCGUAAACCCGACGUGGCGGCUGGCCGCCAAGUUUGUCGGCGUUCUCAGGACGCGCGUGGACAGUGUCGUGUCCGAGCUGGACAGGCAGCGCGUCGUCAUGGACAAGAUCCGGGACGAGAUGGACACCGCGAGGGAGCUCCUGAGCGAGGGACUCCGUUUUUGCAGCUUCGUCGACGUCGAUAACUUCAACGCCGCAAUCAUGGAUACCGUGAAGCGGAUCUUGGAGUUCCAGCCGUUUGGCAAGUGGUCCAUCGCCGGCAAGAUCAUCAAGAAAUUGAAGGCGGCUAAGGACUUCAAGCGCAUUGUCAAAGAGAGCGUGCAGGCCCUGUUCCUGGAGGCCACGCUGGAUACACACGACGAUGAUGAUUUCGACGGCGAAGGUGUCGGCCCCGCCACGAUGAGGUACCUGCAGCUGUACUCGCAGGGCCGGGCCGACAGCAACCUCAUGUCGGUCUUCAUCGACGAGGUCACCAAAGACGUACACGAGCAGCUGGCUGACGAACUGCGCGUGGAGUUCGCGAAGGAAGUGGCGCACGCGAUGAAGACCCGGCUGGCAGAGCGCAAGGGACGCCGUGUUGUCGCUGAUGACGGCAAGACGCUCACCCAGAUGCUGAAGGAGUUCAGGGAACAGUUCGAGUUCAGCCUCUUCUCCGAAAACCCAGAGGCGAGGCGGCUCAAGGACCUAAGAAACUACAAGGUGAAUCAAUACGUCAACAGCCUGGAGCCCUUCACGAAGAGCUGCAUCGACGAGGACGGCAAGUGUGUCCAGGCCGCGGACAGCCAGUGCCCCAUCGGCUGCCACGCGCAGAUCGGCCAGGCGUCUCAGACUUUCCCCUGCUGGCAGUUCGUGGCCUGCAACCUUCACAACAAGAAGGACAUCUUGCCAGUCUUCAGUCCCGACGUCGACACCCUCGAGGGCAUUGUGAGACACAAUCACGGGGAGAGGGAGUUCCAGCAGAAGCUGGUGCAGGCCUCGACCACGACGAAGGGCUUUCGCAUGAUGGCCAAAGCCAUCAAGAUGGCCAUCCCUCGCGCAGGAGACUCGACAGAAUUCAAGGUGACACUGGCGGUCCCCAUCCUGAGCACUGGAUUCUUCGUCACCGUGGGGCUGGAGGGCAAGGCCAUGCGCGGCCGGCAAGGCUGGUCGCGGGUCGCUCGCGAGGAGUACGUUCAGGUGCGGCUCGUGUGCCAUCUGGGCGGCAAGCUGGACAUGCUGGUGGCAAAGGUAGGUGCGAAGAUGAGUUUCAGAGCGACUGCUGGCUCGUAUGGGCCGGGCGAGACGGGCGUUGACCGCGCGAUGAUGAUAAUUUGGUACAUGUUGUAUAACCGUUUCAAGGUGUUCGGGAACAAGUGGGACCUGCACAAGUGGUUUUCCAGGGAGCCGAAGCUCAGACUGGCCGACUGGUGGGCUGGCAGCUACGGCAGCCCUUUGGAGCGCAAGUCCGUGAAGGCCGAGGCAAAGGCCGCAGCCUACGAAGAGAUCCUCUUUCUCAACGAGGCGGACAAAGCCUGGGGGGAGUGUGAGAUCGAUUAUGCGGCCAUGGCGGAGGCUGGCAUUCUAGUCGCCUCCUUGGGUGUCGGCGCUGGCAGGGGAUCCCUUAUGUCUUACACCAGGAGCACCAUGCUGACUGAGCUCGGUGACAUGUUCGCACGCCCCGUGGUGAACGCUACGUAUGCGAAGAGGCGGCGGAAGUGGGACGGCGACGUCACGCCGACCACUUCGUACCAUUUCGACUUCAAAACGACCCUCGCGUUCAUCGGGUUCAAAGGGUAUUACUGGUCACACUCAGCUCAGGACGCGAUCUGGAAGAUAAAGGUGUCAUCCUCCUUGACGCUGCCGGGCGCCGCUGGGGAGAUCGAGACGAUGAUCGGCAAGAUGCUCAGGUCUGUUAUGGGUUUCAUGAACUUUGCCCGGAGUUUGUAUACAAAGUUGUCGUUAUGGAUGCAGAAAAAGACCGGUACUAUUGACAGCGAGGCAGCCCUGCAUGCGGCGGAGGGCAUCAGCCUGGUCAACACCCCGCUGGCCGACCUGGAGUUGCAGCAGGGAGGGGCCACCGCCGCGAGAAAGGCUCCCUCGAGUCCCCUCGACGCCGUCGUCAUCGGGGAUACCGUGGAGAGCCUGAUUGUAGACUCCCUCAGGGGCGCCCUCGGCCUGGAGGAUGGCGCCACGCCAGAGUUCGCCCCUCCGCCCGCUGGCAGCGGUUUGGCCUACUCGCUGUACCUGGAGGGCUACAAGGGGUGGGCCUACGACGACACGGGGCGGCCCGUGCGGAAGCCGCCACUGACGCUGUUCCGCAUGGAGGUCGAGCAUACCAUCGGCGGUACGGUCAAUCUCGGCGUGCUGAACACGGAGCUCACCAACACGCACCCGCUCUUUCACAUCGGCGUGCAGUUGCACGAGACGAACUGGUCCAAGUGGUGCCUGGUGGGCGGAGCCCUGGGCAGUCUCGGCGGCCUGGACUGCCUGGGCAUCGGCAGCGCGUCGCGCAGCGCGCGCGGGCACCCCACCGGCCAGGCCGGCACCGCGCACGCGUAG